UCAACAUCGUAUUAUAUCGGUUUCAUUCUCGUAUUCAUCGUCGUCGCUGCUGGUCGCAUCCUCGGACCGAGUCGAGUCCUUAGAGCGAUUUAGUGCCAGGAUUCACAGCUCUGGGCAGCAUCGCGCCAACAAGUUGAACUCUCGGCUCGAGCGGAACAUCCCACAAAUCAACAACAACAACAACACACCAAAAAUCUAGCUGCUAGCUCUUAAUUCCACGAACAUAAAAAAUCAUCAAAAAUAAUUUCAGAAAAAAAAUUAUCAAAAAUUAAAUAAACAAAAAAUUCGAAAAGUUUUCAAGAAAAAAAUUAAAAAUCACAUAAUUCCUCGAGCAAAGCUUAAGAGACCAGAACCAGAAAAACAAAAAAUAAAUAAAAAUAAUAUAAAAACUUAAAACUCAGCAAAAAAGUAAUAAAAUAAAAGCGGACACGUCCACAAGAGACGGCAAUAAAAACAACAACAACAAAAAGAAGAAAAACACUUGGGAGACGAAGAGAAGGAAGCCAAAGUGUCAACAAGGACACUUCAAAGGACGAACACGGCGGCCGGCGAGUGAGGAGCCAAAAGAGCGAAAAGCGAGUGAGGAGACAGGAAAGGACAUCCCCUGGACGUAGGACGUAGGACGAGCGAGGAGCCAGAAGCCAGGAGCCAGGCGACAGGAACCAGGAGACAGAAGCGAAUUCCCCGCUGGCGAGCAAUUGAGCAAUUGUGCAAAAAUGGAUGCUCUUCGCUUCCGUGGAUCACCCUUUGCCCGUUUUACGGGCCAAUCGACCGGACCCGGCCACCACCGCCCCCCACCCCAUCCCCAACGCCCCCAGCCCCCGGGAGCACCCGGCAUCGUCGCCCCCGAGCCACUGAUCGUGGUCGAGGAGUCCAACUUUGCCGAGGAACAGGAUCCGGAUAGCUCCGAGCAGACUGUCUCCAAUCGGGCCAGUCUGGACAUUGAUUCGCCGGUUAAUCCGUAUCUGUUGUCGCCAUGGCGCGAUCCGAGGGAGGCCCGGAAGCACUCCCUGCCCUCCCAGCAGGUCACCGAGGGCAUUACGGCCAGUCAGGUGCGUCGGUUGUCGGAGCGCGGGGGCGAGGGCUCUGGGCCGACACCCAAGGAGGCGGCCUUCCUGGCCACCCUAUCCCAGGCCCCAGCCCCCACCGGCCGACGGCACUCGGUGGUGACCAUUUCGAAGGUGCCCACCACUCUAUUUGGACGUUCGCGUCGGGAAUCAGUGGCCGCCUAUCCCAACAGUAAUGGAAGUAGCAGGAUUUUGAGUUCCCGUCGGGAGAGCAACACUGGGCCCCCAUCCACCGAUCCCAUCGGCAGCAUCCACAACCUCCAGCUGGACAUCAUGGACGACAUCUACUUGCAGUCGCGGAAGGCCCGCUUGAAGCUCUGGACCUCAUCCAACGAGAAGGUCUGCGAGGUCCAGACCGUCGACGAGGUGGGUGCCGCCCAGCCGGCUCGCCGCUUCACCAAUCGCCGCUAUUCGGAGUGCCCUCAGCCGGGGCUGGCCAGUUCCUUUCGCCGCUCCUCCGAACUACCGAUCGCCCCACCCACCACCAUCCAGCCCACCCAGAUCCAGGCCCCCCUCCAGCCCUCCGGCCCCACCAAUCGGGCCUCCACACGCCGCAAAAAGUCCGGAAGCGGCGGCGGACUUCUGGGCAGCCGUACGGAUAUUGCCGGAAUCUUUAGUUCCCUCACCAGCUCGGCCAUGGACAUGCACCGGCCGGAUCCGGAGGGAAGGGAUGGCAGCUCGGGGGCAUCUAGCUCCUCGGCUGCCACCGCCAGCAGCCCAUUUCUCAGCCAGACAUUUCAGGCCGCCGCCCGAGGACGAGCCACCAGCGCAACGCCGACGCCAACAGCCCACAGUGCUGGACAGGCCGGAGGAUGCAGCAGUGGUGCCGGUGGAAGCAAUGGAUUAUUAGAUCCGAAUGCAGGACGCUCCACACGCUCCAACAGCUUCGACGUGUCCUUGCUGAACAACGCCAAGCAGCUGGUGACCGAGGCGCAGGAUAAUGGAUCGGCCGCCUUGUCCGGAUGGUUUGCGAAGCGCCACCAACCGAUGGCCCGGAAGAAGAGUGUCCGGAGCAAGAGUUCGGCGGUGGCCCUAUCGAAGGAUGUCCUUGAACGGUUGCAGAAGAAGGACCCAUUGGGCGGAGACUCUGGCAAGCCGAAGUUAAAGCCGCGCGCCAAACAGAAGAGCUGGGCCGAUGCCACCAAGGCUAAUAUUGUGGAUGCCACCAUUCUGGGCACCGCCAUCGAGGGUUUCCUGCGCAAGAGCUCCAAUGCCAGUAUGGCGGGUGGCUCUGCUUCCGGUUCCGGUUCCGGUUCCGGUAUGGGAUCGGGCGCCUCAACAUCGGCAGCGGCACGCGGCGCCACGCCCAAAACAGGAUCGGGCAGUGCCGGCGGCAGUCCAGCCCACAGCUCCCGACGGAGUCGGGGUGUCGGCAGCAGCUCCGCCCAGUCGCAGGCCGGGCGGGCGGUGCGCUCCACGCUGAACUGGUUCGGGAAGGCCGACGAGGACGAUUCGAAGGACACGUGCGACGCCUCGUUGUGCGCCACGCUGAAGGACCUCUUUGUCAAAUAGGUCGGGGGGCGCAGAGGCAAGUAGAGCAGGGGGUCGCGUCCCUACUAAAGCAGCAUAACGCCAGCUACUUGCACCUCUGAGAUCCAAAACAUCCUUAUCGAAAAUCGACAAAAGCAACAACCAAAAAACUUAACAAACGAACAAACAAACGAACAAAGUUUGAAGCUGAAAAACACACCAGUGAACAAUAAAAGCAGCAGCUAGAUAAUAAUAAUAAACCAUUCAGACACAAAACACAAUGUCGACUAGUUGGCAGCACAAAAACAAUAGCUUAAAUGCGACAAAUAAAAAAAAAAACGAAAAGGCAGAGCCAUCAUCCCAACAUCCCACGUAUUGAACAAAGAAGUUAAACCCAUAUUCAGUAUUUAACAUUCACAUUGAAGCUCACAAAAGAAUUUUAAACCCAUUGCAUCCACAGAUAAAUAAUAAAAACAAAUAAUACGCCGACAUCAACAGAUUAUCAGAGACAGUAUGGUGGAAGGGGAUAUAUAUUAUAUAUCCGGAGAAGGGCUAGCGAUACCUGAGAAUUAUGGGAGUAUAUGGCGGCAGCAGUAUCGGGAUCAGAUAGAGAACUUAGAACUAAUAGAAACUGGAACAGCAAUACACACCUCAAAUGGCAGACAAAAGACACAAGCAGGAAACUGUACCUGAAGAGCAACACGGCACACUGACAGUUAUCGAUAGUUAUCGAAAAGAUAAAAAAAAAAAAAACAUACACAAACACAAUAAGAGAUCAUAGUAACGGUGAACAAUAACAGUACAAGCGAGUAACUAACGGUACAAGUAACUUUUAUUGGUAUUGGUAAGUGGCAAGGGCGAUUGAGAAACGAUAAGCGAUAUAUAGUGAUCGAUAGGCAGAUAUGUAGUUAAGCGACAACCGAUAGGUUUUUAAGGCAAACCGCUGCAGGGGAUUCAGGAAUCGGGAAUCGGGAAUGGGGAGGAAUGGACGACCCAGGACGAAACACCUCACCUCACAUCUAAUCCUCAAACGACGUGACGACAGACCUCAUUUAAUAUAAAUAAUAAAGAUACAGAUAAUAUAUAUUCUCAUACAUUUUCAUAACAUUUGUAUUUGAAUAAAAAUAAUUUAAAUUUUUGAAGAAAAAAAUUAAGAGAAAGGAUAAUCUCGAAGGGGAUUCGAACUUCGAGCAGAGAAAGCAGAAAUAUUUUUCUAUGUGCAGAGCAAUUUAGGGCCGAUAUCCGGAUUAAGGAUCCACCAAUAGAGGCCAGGAUGGGGAUUUUUUGAUAAGUUGCUAUAAAUUGCAACAGACAUACUUAUAUACCAAAUAUAUUAUAUAAAAUAUAUAGUACGUUUUUUUUUUGUUAAUUUUUUUGUGAAGAAAAAAAUAUCAAAAAAAAAAAAAAAAAAAAAUGGUGACGGGUUCGAGCUUGAAAGAGGUUAGAAAGUGGUUGCAUCCUUUGACAUCCUUUCAAGGAUACAGUUUACAGUAAAAUUACAGUUAGAAGUACAGUUACAGUUAAAGUGCUGCUUUAAUCGCACAAAUCGAGGCUGAAUAUCGGCGAAGAGACACAAACAAUCGAGUGAAUCAAGAAUGCUCAAGAAUGUGCUCGAACCGUUGCCAUGAAUACGAAUAUGAAUAUGAAUAUGAAUACAAAUAUAUGAAUAUGAAUAUGAAUAUGAAUAUAUGCACACAAACACCCACCCACACACAAAAUUCCCACAAUGAAAAUCAAGCACAGUUACGUGCCCAUAAAUAUAUAUAUAUAUAUAUAUUAUAUAUCUAUACACAUUAAUAUACAUAACAAUAUGCGAGUUUAUUUAUGCGAUGAAUAAGAAAUAAAUGUCUACAGACUCAAGAGUUUUAAUCAAUGUAAACCACACAAUAAAUGUAAUUUGUAUGUACAAUCUGAGCUUACUCGAGAGGCGAAUUCUUAAAAACCAAAAAGGCAUAAAAGUUAAAGGCAAAAAAAAAAAAAAAAUCAUAAAUCGUAAAUCGUAAAAGCCUAAACUAAAUCGAGUUUAAAGUCAAAUCGAAUAUAAAUUAAUGUUGGCGUUGAAUAUUUAAUGUUCUUAGCACAAAAAAAACAACAAAGGAUAGAAAAAGCAAAAGCACAAGCGGAAAAAAGAAAGUUUUUUUUUUUUAAAGGGGGAGAAAGCGAGAUUUUAUUCCGGAAGUUAGAAAAAAAAAUCAAUUAAAGAAGAAAAAUUCAAAUUGGAAUUUUUCGCAAUUUCGCGACAAAAUUGAGAAAAC